AUGUUCCCUCCACCACCUGCCGCUCUCGACUGGAAAGACAUUGGCUUCAAAGUCCGUGACGUCAAUGGCCAUGUUGAAUGCCACUUUUCUAAGUCGGGCUCGGGCAAGUGGUCUGCCCCCCGAUUCGUUUCUUCGCCCUUUCUGACGGUCCACGGUAUGGCGCCCGGCCUGAACUAUGGCCAGCAAGUCUACGAGGGACUCAAGGCAUUCCGCCAUGCAGGAGAUAACAAAAUAACUAUCUUCCGACCGGAACGCAAUGCAAAGCGGAUGCAAUAUUCCGCCGAGGUCGUCUCCAUCCCACCUGUUCCUGAAGAGCUAUUCCUCGAGGCCGUUCAUUUAGCCGUAGCAGCCAAUGCCGAGUUCGUCCCGCCUCAUAAAUCCAAUGCUGCCAUGUACAUUCGUCCGUUACUGUUCGGGUCUUCCGCGCAGCUGGGCUUGAGUCCACCGGAUGGAUAUACGUUCGCAGUGUUUGUCAUGCCGACCGGCGUUUACCAUGGGGCUAGUGCAGUCGAUGCUCUGAUCCUGGAAGACUUUGAUCGAUCUGCUCCCCACGGGACAGGCGCAGCCAAGGUUGGGGGUAAUUAUGCCCCUGUAUUACGUCACAGUGAUCGCGCGCGCAAUGAAGGGUUUGGCAUCACGCUUCACCUUGACAGUGCAACGCGAAGCGAGAUUGACGAAUUUUCUACAUCGGCUUUUAUCGGAGUCAAGGGCAGCGGUGCGGAUGUUACAAUUGUUCACCCCAAUAGUCCAAAUGCUAUCGAUUCGGUCACUGCCGCAUCUAUUGGCGAUAUUGCGCGAAAGCUAGGCUUCCGUGUGGAGAAGCGUCGGGUUACCUUUGACGAACUCGCUGAAUUUGAUGAGGUCGUUGCAGCGGGGACAGCGGCUGCCCUGGUGCCGGUGCGAAGCAUUACGAUGCGGUCCAAGGGGGCCAAGUUUGAAUACCGUUCUGGAGAAAACAACGAGGGUGGUGAGGUCUGUGUAAGACUUCUACAGAACCUACGUGGAAUCCAGGCUGGGAAGAAGGAUGAUACAUUUGGAUGGAAUUUUGAAGUGCAAGCUCCUCCGAAGGGAUGGAUCGAAGAUAGCAGCACUGAAAAGACGGAAUUCAGUGGAGCAAACGUGCCUUGA